GCAAAUCCAAUCUCCAAUUGGCCCUAUUCUACCGCUCUCCUUUAUAUUUUCCAAUUGUUUUCUUACCAAACACCACCUCUCAUUUCCUAUCCAAAACACCAUGGCCUUCAAAAACCUCACCCCUAACACCUUCAUCUUCUUCCUCCUCCUCUUCUCUACUCUUCUUUCUCUUCUCCCAAAACAAGGUGUAUGUACACAAAAUACACUUAUCCGUCCCCAUCUUGACUCAAAUUUGAUACCAAAGGAUUUGAAGGAAGUAGGAUUUUGGAGAUGGAGGGAGAAGAAUGCAAGAAGGUUGAUGAUAGGCUCCAUCGCCCCGACUUGCACUUAUAACGAGUGCAGAGGUUGCAGAUAUAGGUGCAGAGCCGAGCAAGUACCUGUGGAUGCCAACGAUCCAGUCAACAGUGCUUAUCGCUACCGUUGUGUUUGUCACAGGUGAUAAAUUUUGUAGAAGGAUAAGAGAGAAGUUGGAUUUUGUUAUGAGUUCAUCUUAUAAAAAUGGUCUAGAUUUUAUGUACUUAAAAUGAGAGAGAUCUUGAUCUCCAUUUUAGAAGAGUUAGAAGAUUUUGUCAA